AUGAGGACAUGCUGGAUCGUUUGUUUGAAGGAACCAUGGAAUCUGUCUGUAACGAGAGAAACUGGUCCAUAUUUACUGCAAAGAAACAUCAAACCGUCCAAGAAAUUUCCCGGCAAAUAUUAUUUUGAUCGUGAUAACCGAAUAAAGUACAACAACAUUCCCGGAUGGUCGGAUAAAGUGAACUACGCUCUGACAAAGCAAAUCAAGGUGCCACAGCUGGUGAUCAAGGCCAUCGAUUCACCCUAUCCUGGUUCCAAAGAAGGCUUCGAUGAAAUGGUCGCCAUACUUAAGAAGCAAAAUUCCAUGUUCCGCGUGAAGUAUCUGAAAGCUUUGACGAAGCUGGCCAACGCUUCGAGCGCUGCUGGGGGUGGCCCGGAGAGGCCACCUCAGCGGGAUCAGGCGCAACAACAACAACAACCAGAUUCACAACAACCGACUAACAACAAUCAGGAAGCGGCCGGGCAGGGACGUCCGAACCAUGGCCCCCAAGAAAAUCAGGUUGCGGCAGGUGGGCCGGAACCUCAGGAAUGGAACGCAUCCGGUUCUGGUGCCAGUGGCCAAAAUAAUGCCAGUGGCAACCAGAACCCGAAUAAUGGGAACGCGUCCAAUAGCAACAACAACAAUGCUAAUAAUAACGCCAACAACAGCAAUAAUGCCAACGAAGAAUGUGAUCGGUUCAGCUUCGAGGACUCGGACCGAUUUGAGGAGGACUCCUUAUGUAGCUGGAGCUCCGAGCCAGAAAGUGUGUGCAACAACUGGCGCGGUUGGAAGAAACCUAUCGGAAUUUCGAUAGCUUUCGGUGUUAACGGCAGUCGAAGAUUAGCGGAUGGUGAAGUGACGACAUUGACGGAGCUUGCUGCACGUUGCGUCGCAUCUUACAUUCCGUUCGAGCUCGUGGAACACGUUUAUCCACCAGUUCCGGAACAGCUUCAACUACGGAUUGCUUACUGGAGUUUUCCGGACAAUGAAGAGGAUAUCCGAUUAUAUUCAUGUCUGGCCAACAGUUCGGCCGAUGAAUUCCACCGCGGAGAGCAACUGUUCAAAAAUCGAGCAGUCAAGGAUCCGCUUCAGAUCGGAUUUCAUCUAUCGGCAACAGUCGUCGUUACACAGCCGCGAAAUCAGUAUAACGUUGCUGUCACUUUUGAUCGACGGAAAAUCUCUUCCUGUAGUUGCACAUGCCUACCAGCUGCAUACUGGUGUUCACACGUGGUGGCAGUUUGCCUUCAUCGAAUUCAUUGCCCUACGAAAGUAAGCCUGAGAGCUCCAGUCUCAGAAUCGUUGUCGCGAUUACAACGUGAUCAAUUGCAAAAAUUUGCUCAAUAUCUUAUUAGUGAACUUUCACAGCAAAUACUUCCGAUUGCACAGCGAUUACUCGAUGAAUUGCUCAGUUCACAACCCACGACGAUUAACACGGUAUGUGGGGCUCCUGAUCCCACUGCAGGAGCUUCUGCAAAUGAUCAGACUAAUUGGUAUCUGGACGAUAAGACUUUGCACGAUAAUAUUAAGAAAAUACUGAUCAAGUUCUGUUUACCAACUCCGAUGGUAUUCAGCGAUGUAAACUAUCUGACGAAUUCGGCCCCUCCAGCUGCGGCUGAGUGGAGUUCGCUUUUAAGACCUUUACGGGGGAGGGAACCGGAAGGAAUGUGGAAUCUGUUAUCAAUUGUACGAGAAAUGUAUAGACGUUGCGACAGGAAUGCGGUACGUUUGUUAGAAAUUAUCACAGAAGAAGUGAUGGCUUGUGAUCAAAUAUUAGUUUGGUGGUUCAAUAUCAAACUGGCUCUGCUGGUUGGAUCAAACGGACAUGGAGGAGGCAAGCACAGUAACACUCAUUCGAACUCGAACGCCACGCAACAUGCAUGUGCUUCUUUAUGUGACGAAAUAGUGGUACUGUGGCGGUUAGCUUCUUUAAAUCCAGGUUUGGCCCCGGACGAGCGUGAUAUGUUGCAUGCCCAGUUUACAACAUGGCACCUGAAAAUAUUAGACAGAGUAGCGAAGAAUAUGGUAGCUUCGUCGUCUCACAGCAGCAAACAGCAGCAAAAUUUACGUAACGAUGCAGAACUGUUCACUGGAUUUAAGCCAGCAAUAGAAGCAUGUUAUCUUGACUGGGAAGAUUAUCCCAUCGAUGGUAUCACGCACACUCAGGAUACGAAUCCGAUGUACCAUUGCCCAUUCACAUGUUUUAAGCAAAAUAGUGAAUCGAAAACAGAAUCUGGACCUGGACAAGUAAAUUCAAGCCAAGCGGUGCUACAAAACAACGUUAAGCAAUUCCAGCAAAUGCCACAUCAUCAUCAUCACCAUCACUUUAAUCACCAUCAUCAUCACUCUACACAUCAUGCUAGUAGUAGUUUGGCGGUGGCAUCUCAUUCGAAUGCUUCCGGUGCAGGAGCCGGCGGAAAUGCUGGAACAGCGGCUAGUAGUAGUAGCAAUUUAGUAACUGCAAAUAGUAGCAACAAUACUGCAUCUUCUAAAUCCCACCACCGUAGGGAUUAUCGACAUCGAGAACGUGGCUAUGGUUCUAGUAAUAGCAGUAGUGACAGCGUACCAGAUCGAUUCAAUGAAGCCGUGGCUAACUCGAAAAUAGAGGCGCAUCUCCCACCAACGGUGACAUCAGCUAAUACGGGUGGGAAUAGAUCAAGCGUUAGUAGCGAAGGAUUCUGUGAAAAUGAUGACGAUGUCAAUGUAACGGAUGAGCUUUCGACUCCUGGACCUAGCAGUAAGAAAGAUGUGCGUGUAAGUGAUUCAUCGAAUAGUUCAUCAUCAAGUGUGGAGGAAAGUGGGCCGAAGUUAAUUACCAAAGCACCACCCGAUAGCGGAGAUGCGAAUAGUAUAUUAAACGACAUGAACAAUUAUGACAUUUCUGGAAACAUAAAAUUAUAUGACGUCUACAAUCCAGAACCUCCUCCAGGAACAUCGAGUUCUACAUGUUCAUCUUCACCAUCAACUGCUACGACUGCGACAAAAAUAGUAUCGGGCGACCAGCUGGCUCGGUCUAGUGCCAACAAACAUAUUGAAACUGAUAAACUGACUGUAACGCCAUCGGCAGUUGCAUCUAGCUCUAAAGAUGCAAGUCCCGACUCCGAUCGUAAUCCGCGAAGGCCCUCUAAAGACGAAAGCCUCUCUAGUUCAGAUAGCCAGCAGAACAUGGACGAAUACAACAUGUAUUACUAUGAUUCUAAACAAGCUCAGGCACAACAGCAGCAGGAGAAACAACUGAAACAAAAGCAACCACAAGAACCGAAACAGCAACCGGAACAAGUAUUUUCUAAUCUCAAACCAACCGAAGCAACAGAUUUCGCCCUACAGCGUCUUCCGACAACGUGCGCCCAUAACCAGACUUAUCAUCUCGGCCGAGAACCGCAACGAAGCCAACCGUCACCAGCCUCGUUGCUAGGUCCCAAGCACAUCGCAUCGUAUUCUCGGCCAGCACGCCACGUGCCACCGUUACUACCAAAUCCGGUUUUCGACAUCCGUCGGGAUCACCUGGUUCCUGUUCGGCCACCUCAUCAAGCCAAGCUGAUCAGGAGCGCAGCAUCGGCCGAAACUGAUAUCGAUAGAGCCGUCAGUGGUAUCAGUCCAGCAGAGAUCGAGAUCGACGACGUCAUCAGCUCCCGACAAGCGGUUGAGCGGGAGAGCAACAAGCUACGGCAGAAGGUUUGA